UCCAAGUCCGGUUCUGUGCUUGCAGUAAUCAGAUCUGUGGGUGGUUCUUCCUCUUCUCUGCCGGCUGUCGCUUCAGUCAUACUUUUACAAAAAACCCGGCCGUUGUAAUAAAGGACAAAAUUGAUGCCAUCACAUUUAUUUAAACCAUCCCGACGUGCGCACUCCUUUUUAAUAAAUAGUUUUAUAUAGAAAGGAUGGAUUUUAACGUGAAGAGACUGGCAGCGGACGCUGGUACUUUAUUCAGUCGGGCGGUGCAAUUCACAGAAGAAAAAUUCGGCCAGGCUGAGAAGACCGAGUUGGAUGCACACUUGGAGAAUCUCCUCACCAGAGCUGAAACCACUAAACACUGGACAGAGAAGAUUUUAAAGCAGACUGAAGUGUUACUGCAACCAAACCCAAAUGUCAGAAUAGAAGAAUUCCUGUAUGAAAAACUGGACAAAAAGGUGCCCACACGGAUGAACAACCAUGAGCUUCUGGGUCAGUCCAUGAUCGACUCUGGGAAUGAAUUUGGGCCUGGAAUGGCCUACGGAAACGCUCUGAUAAAGUGUGGUGAGACGGAGAAGCAGAUUGGAGGAGCAGAGCGAGAGUUCAUUCAGAGCUCUGCCAUCAAUUUCCUCACACCUUUCCGCAACUUUUUAGAAGGAGACUUCAAGACUAUAUUGAAAGAGCGCAAACUGCUUCAGAACAAACGACUGGACCUUGAUGCCGCGAAGACCAAGCUAAAGAAAGCCAAAAUGGCUGAUGCCAGAGCUCUGGCUGAGCAAGACCUAAAAAUGACACAGAGUGAGUUUGACAGACAGGCAGAGAUCACCAGGCUUCUUCUGGAAGGAAUCGGCAGUACGCAUGCCCAUCAUCUCCGCUGUCUAAAUGACUUUGUGGAGGCUCAGAUGACAUAUUACGCCCAGUGUUACCAAUACAUGGUCGACCUCCAAAAGCAGCUGGGAAACUUUCCUUCGGCUUUCUCUUCCAACAACAACCAGUCAACCAGUGGCGCGGCUAGUGUCUCCAUACCCGUCCUGCCACUCUCAACUUCUCUUCCUGCCAGCUCAGCUAACGCGUCUUCAGGUUUCACCGAACUGCAAAACUUCAGCGGGAGUCGCAAAGCACGGGUGCUGUAUGAUUACGACGCUGCGGGCAGCAAAGAGCUCUCGUUAUUGGCCGAUGAGGUGAUCAUGGUGAGCAGCGUUCCAGGCAUGGACUCUGAUUGGCUGAUGGGCGAACGUGGGAAUCAGAAGGGAAAAGUGCCUAUUACUUAUUUGGAGCUGCUAAAUUAAGAGAAACCAGAACCAAAACGAAAAGUUUAGUGUAUUCCAGCUGUGCUGCGUACCGUAUAUGCAACCUUGACGUCUUGUGCUGCUCACACACAACAGUAUUUUAUCAGACGUGACGUCUUGCGGUUCCAAAAUGGGACGAGGUUCUAACCAGACGAGUGUUUACAGAUUAAAUAAUGCAGAUUUUUUUUGUUUAAAAAUGCUUUUGAUGUGACAUGCCUUGAUUUCAUAGAAAAAAAAAAAACAAGCAA